AUGUUGCCAUCGCUGGUGCGCGCGGGUAGCGCCCCUCUCCGCCGCGUCGUCUCCACGUUCUCCUCGACCCGAGCCGUCUCGCCUCGCGUCCCGUACGCCAUCAGUAGCGGCGGUAACCUCAGCCUCCCGUUCAAUGCUCAACCCUCGCCGUCCCGCGACGGCUCGAGCGGUCCGGCUGGUGCAGCCCGGCGAGGAAUGGGCUUCUGCGCCCGCGCGGUGGACGUCGGGGACGAGGCAGCCUCCAGCUCCGCCGCCGCGGGCUCGGACCUCUCCGCGCCUUACCUCUCCGUCCGCAUUCGAUGCCGCAGGCACGACGUGGAAGCACUCUCCGAGGCGCUCUUGUGCUUCGGUGCUAGCUCCGUGACCGUGGAUGACAUUGCCGAUGCUGAAAAUCUCGAUGAAAUCUCCAUAACUUCCUUAUAUGCCGAUGGGGAAGACGUGGACUCCAGCGUAUCAAGUGCCGCAAGCUCAGCUGGUUUGAACUACAGCCCAGUGUAUGAAACCUCUGUCGGGAAGCAGUGCGAUUGGGUGGCAAAUGUGCAGGAAACAUACGAGCCCACUGAAGUGGCUGAUGGCCUUUGGGUUGUUCCUAAAUGGAGAACUCCCCCUGAUCCAGAGGCCACAAACAUAAUCAUCGAUCCGGGUUUGGCUUUUGGGAUGGGGGAGCACCCGACAACUAAGCUGUGCCUUCUAUUUCUACGAGAAGUUAUUAAAGGCGGUGAACGUGUCUUGGAUUAUGGAACAGGCACAGGAGUAUUGGGGAUUGCAGCUUUGAAGAUGGGUGCUACUCAAUCAACUGGGAUAGAUAUUGACCCUCAAGCCAUAACCUCUGCUUCAGAAAACUUGUUGCUGAAUGGUUUACAUUCGAACCAAAUGCCUGUUUAUUUGGUACCAGCAAAUGCUCAGCCUUCAUGCUUUCCGAGUGCCAUUGACAAAUCAGAAGACCACCACUCAACCAAUUACCUUGACUUGAAGUUGUCAAGAGGAACUUAUGAUGUAGUUGCAGCAAAUAUCCUUCUAAAUCCCUUACUGGAGCUGGUUGAGGACAUAGUUGGUUAUGCAAAACCUGGUGGAAUAAUUGCUGUUUCUGGAAUAUUGGAGGAGCAGGUGUCAAAAAUCAAAGAAGUUUACUCAAGGUAUUUGGACAGAAUAUUGGUAUCCGAAAUGGAUGGGUGGGCCUGUCUUCGGGGAACCAGGAGAGUGUAG